GAUUGGAUUUUGUCUGCAUCCUCGAGGAGGAGGCUGGCGGCGAGAUUGGGGGCGGCCGGGCCGGGGGCGUUCCCACGGGUCGUGGACGGCGUGGCCACGCUCCUGGUAGCCCGCCCGGCCCCCUGCACCCCGUGCCCAGCCUCCUCUUCGGCGCUUGGGGCGUGAGGUUCGGUGGGCAUCUUUCGGGAGCCGAGCGGAAAACUUUUCCCUUCCCAGCCCCCGGUCCCUUUUGUCUUUCUUGCGCGGCGGCGGCGACGACUGAGCAGCGAUUCCCUGUCCCCUGCCCGGCGCCCCGCGCCGGGUGACCUCCGAGGGCGGGAGCGCUCGGACUCCGUGCGCCCUACGGCUGCAGCCGGCGACCCACGGCGGGCACACACAGCGACGCGCCCCCCGCCCAGAGGCCGCGGCCGCCACUCCCCUCCGCCGGCCCGCACCCCUCGCCGCCCGCCCCCUCGCCUGACUCAUCCGCCUGCCGUGGCAGCGCCGCGCCCGCUGCCCGAGCCCCGCCGGGAUGGGGAGGGAGAGCGCGGCUGCCCGCGGCUGCCGAGCUUCCUGCUGACGCCCCCGACCCCGCCGCCUCCUUCGCUCGGCUCCGGAGGCGCCCGACGUCCCACCAGCUCCGGGAGUGAGAGCCGCGACAGGCGACCGGACCCCCGAGGCCCCGAGCUCGGGACAGCCUGAAGCUACUGCAAGGUCUGAUGGGGACCAGGGCUCCUUACUGGGACUCUGUGCCUGGAGAAUAAAAGACUGAACUAUGAUAGCAACUGGUGGAGUGAUAACUGGCCUGGCCGCCUUGAAGAGGCAAGACUCUGCCAGAUCGCAGCAUCAUGUCAACCUCAGCCCGUCGCCUGCUGCCCAGGAGAAGAAACCGGUCAGGCGUCGACCUCGGGCCGAUGUCGUGGUUGUUCGCGGCAAGAUCCGGCUUUAUUCCCCAUCUGGUUUCUUCCUCAUUUUAGGAGUCCUUAUCUCCAUAGUAGGAAUCGCAAUGGCAGUCCUUGGAUAUUGGCCUCAAAAAGAACGUUUUAUCGAUGCUGAGACGACAUUGUCAACAAACGAAACUCAGGUCAUCCGGAGCCAAGGUGGCGUGGUGGUCCGCUUCUUUGAGCAGCAUUUGCAUUCUGAUAACAUGAAAAUGCUUGGCCCUUUCACAAUGGGGAUUGGCAUUUUCAUUUUCAUUUGUGCUAACGCCAUUCUUCACGAGAACCGGGACAAAGAAACAAAAGUCAUACAUAUGAGGGAUAUCUAUUCCACAGUCAUCGACAUCCACACGCUAAGAAUCAAGGAGCAAAAGCAUAUGAAUGGCAUCUACCCUGGUUUAAUGGGGGAAACGGAAGUAAAACAGAAUGGGCACUCCUGUGCCUCGAGACUGGCAGCAAACACCAUUGCUUCUUUUUCAGGUUUUAGGAGCAGUUUUCGGAUGGACAGUUCUGUUGAGGAGGAUGAGCUGAUGAUAAAUGAAAGUAAGAGUUUUGGACACCUUAUGCCACCUUUGCUCUCUGACAGCUCUAACUCUGUUUGUGGCCUCUAUCCACCUCCUUCCCAGACAACUGAUGAUAAGACCAGUGGCCCUAAGAAAUGUGAAACCAAGUCAAUUGUAUCAUCGUCCAUCAGUACUUUUACAUUGCCUGUGAUCAAACUUAAUAAUUGCGUUAUCGAUGAGCCCAGUAUAGAUAACAUCACUGAGGAUGCUGAUAACCUCAAAAGUAGGUCGAGGAAUUUGUCAAUGGACUCCCUGAUGGUCCCUUUGCCCAAUACCAGUCAGUCCUUCCAGCCAGUCAGUAUGAUGAUCCCAAGGAAUAAUUCCAUUGGGGAGUCGCUCUCAAGUCAGUACAAGUCCUCUGUGGCCCUUGGACCUGGGGCUGGACAGCUCUUGUCUCCUGGGGAUGCUAGAAGACAGUUUGGGUCCAACACAUCCUUGCAUUUGCUCUCGUCACAUUCGAAAUCCUUAGACUUAGACCGGGGUCACUCCACCUUAACCGUUCAGGCAGAACAACGGAAACAUCCAAGUUGGCCUCGAUUGGAUCGAAGCAACAGCAAAGGAUACAUGAAACUAGAGAACAAAGAGGACCCGAUGGAGAGGCUGCUUGUACCCCAAGCUGCAAUCAAGAAAGACUUUACCAAUAAGGAGAAGCUUCUUAUGAUUUCAAGAUCUCACAAUAAUUUGAGUUUUGAACACGAUGAGUUUUUGAGUAACAACUUGAAGCGGGGAACUUCUGAAACAAGGUUUUAAUGUUGAAAAAAUAUCUUAUUUUACAAGGCUAUAUAUUCUAAACCUAUUUUCACCAGUGUUCCCUUGUUAAAGCCUUGGUUAUAAGCCUUUUUAAUCAAAUGGUUUGUAGUGUAUUAGACCUGGCUGCUUAAUUCUGUAAUGGAGAUGGUUAUAUGUUUGGAUUACUUAGGAUUGCAGUACUCUAUAUUACUACGUAUGAAUUUAUUGUUUUCCGUUCCCUUGAAAGCAUGGGCUCUUUCAUUAAUAUGAAUACAAAAUACUUCCAUCCAAAUUAAAGUUCCUAUUCUUUACUUUAAAGUUCUUUCAUUGAUGGUCAUAUUCAUAGAGCAAAGUGUCCAGUUUAGAAAAGGCAGGGUACCAAAGUGUAGACUAGAAGUGCCAAAUUCAAUGCAAAUCUUAGGUGUCAUUUUCUGAAAAGUUGCUUUUAUAUAGGAUUGGUUAAAUUAUUUAAAAGGAAAAAGAUCUAGCUUCCGUGCGAGCUAAAUAAUGUGAAUUGGUUAAAUUGGCUUAGUUCUGAGUAGCUAAUUGACAGGAAUUGGUUAAGUUGGUUGUGACUAGUACCCUGAGCUCUAGGUAGGUAGUAUUUUUUUCAAAAUCAGUUCUAUUUUAGUGAUAUUCUAUUAAGAAAACAUGUAUUCAAGAGCCAUGGCUGAGAAUGCCAGAUAUUCUUAGGGGUAUAUAUCAAAAUGCUCAGCUAUAACUUUAGAUAUUCAGAAUCAAAAUUUCUUUGCAACUGACUUGAAAAAUGAAUGAACCAAUUUAGUGUUUAGAAGUGCUAUCUUGAAAUAAUUAUAUAUAUGAAGAAAAGAUUGACUAGUGAAUGAAAAUACAUGCUAGUUAAUGCUAACUAGUCUCAGUACCUCUUCCUAGCCGUCUCUCUUAUCAUCUAAUACCCACUCACUCCCGCAUCCUUGUUUUCCCCCAAUAUUUUUUAGAUCCUGUUAUUUGGAAGAUAAUCAGCUAACCUUGACAUUUCUUUUAUCUUUGCAUAUCACUAAGUUGGUGGUUGAAGAAAAUUUAGUCCUUGAUACAUUGCCUUGAAAUUUACCUUAUGCUAGAAAGCCUUAUGAUAACUCCAAAGACUUUCUUAUGGUGUAAUAAAUAUUUUGGAUUGUGGUUCUCAGUUAUUGAAGAUAAUAAAUAUUAAAAUGGAUUUUCCAUCAGAAAAUUUUCAUGUUUUCCGUUAAGGUAACCUAAUUUUAAAAAGUUGUUUAACGGAAUACUCAGGAAAUUUUACAAGUUUUUCCCAAUGCAUACACAUUUCUGAACAUCAGUAUUGCAGUUGUUGUGGAAGAGGAGAAGGAAGAUAUCUUUGUAUUUGUAGCUCCCCACAAUUCCAGCUUGUAUUAGCAUCACGAGCUUCCUUGGACUGGGGCACAGUGUUACUUGUUAGAACAUCAAGCCUGUGUAUUGUAAUGGAGUGGGCUUAAUACUUUACGAUAGAGCAUUUAAUAAACCUCCAGUAUUAAUACAAGUGUGUGUUUUUCAUACAU